AGAAUAGGUGAGUGAAUCACAGGCAUCAGAAUAUGGCUGGACAAAUAUCAGAAUCGGAUCAGAUCAAGCAGUUCAAGGAGUUUCUUGGAACAUACAAUAAACUUACAGAAAACUGCUUCCUGGAUUGCAUAAAGGAUUUCACUAGCAGAGAGGUUAAACAAGAAGAGAUGACUUGCUCAGACCACUGCCUACAGAAGUACUUAAAAAUGACACAGCGGAUCUCCAUGAGGUUCCAGGAGUACCACAUUCAGCAGAACGAAGCUCUGGCAGCUAAAGCAGGACUGCUUGGCCAGCCUCGUUAGACAAGAGCGCUCUGUUGACUUGAUGAGCGGUGCCAGUGGUCACUGGGCACAUUUUGGAUUUUCUACUGUCAGGAUGUAUGUCCAGCAAC